AUGCCGGAGAACCUCGCCCCGCUGUCGUUGUCGGCUCUCGAUCCUGACGACCAACAAGAUGCCUUUCGCACUCUCGCCCGGACGCCCCAUCCGUAUCACCACCAGCGUGAGGAGCUGCCGCACCCCUCGGAACGCAUCCUCCUCCACAUCGACACCCUGGUACCCGAAAAUGGCAGAGAGCUUCUCCCGCCGAGGAGCCGUCGUCUCCAGUCCCGAGAUUCGACGCCGGCGAGCGAGAGCGGCACCGAGGCCGACGACGAACACUUUCUCAGACGUCUCCCCGCCCCGAGGGCAAGGCUGCACAAGGGGUUGAGAGGCCGCAGCGAGCCCAGCGAGCGCUCCUCUGGCUCGUCGACGCCGUUGCCGUCAUCCGCUACCCUCGGCACCGACCGAGAGCAGGCCGUUCUAAAAGGCCUGGGCGGGAAGAAACGGGCAAGGCGUCCCUUCAUCGAGCUUCUGCGUCGAGAAAAGGUCCUCGUCCGUCGCGCCACCGAGGUCGCCCUCAUACUGGCGCUGGGCUGCAUGGUGCACGCGAAUCAGCUCGCGUCGCCGCUGAUACGUCUUUGGAGCUCGGACCUCCUGUUUCUUGCUUUGCUCUGCGGCACCUUGCUCGCCCUCUACCCCGUGCGCGUCGUUGCUUCGACGUACAGGCUUCGGCAGCCAUCUCGCUGGAUACCCCUAAGACUCUCCUCCCAUUUCGACCCCGCACCUCUGCUGUACCCGCCGACCAUGACCCUCUUUGUGUCGCUUCUGGUCUCUGCCAACAACCCAGCCGCCAUCCUCCCCAACAUCGUCCUCAGCGUCUGCUCGAUCCCGCAAGCGUUGGUACCGAAACUCGACUUCAAUGCGCCCUUUGAUACCUUGCAUUGGGUACUCUCAACCCUCCCUCUGUUGCGGCCUUCCUCCGUGGACACCUAUUCACCUAACCCGCAGCGUCACUCGCCGAUGGCGCAGGAAACCAUGAUCCUUCUCUACCCGCUGCACCACACCCUCUGUGCCGUCUUGCACCGCCUCACCACGACGAGCCUCCUGACAACCGAACUCCAGCUGCUAUCCAUCGCCCUCGUCAACGUCCUCAUCUUAGCUGCCUCGCCCCAGCUUCAGAUUCUCCGAGCGCUGCUCUGGGUCGGAGGACUUGGAGUCCUCUUAUUCUGCGCGCCCGUAAUCAGAUGGAACAUCGCCCUCGCUCGCAUUCCCAAAUGGCGUUUUCAACGGGCCACUGUAUCGACAACCUGGCGACUGUGGAAAGAAUUGCGCCAGGCCGUCGCAUGGGGCACCCCGCCCUUCGAGUUUCUAAGCUCGCGGAAUUACGACGACGUCAUUGACGGCUCUUCAGACGAGGACGGGCAUCCACUUGGAUUCCGCAACCCUUUCAAGCGUCGCGUGGUGGACCGCAAUGCCGAAUUUCCCGAGAUGCCUGUCGCCUCCCCCUUGUCCCCAAAGAGCGAAGCUCACAAGGGCAGCUUGACCCGCAUGCCCCGACGGCACACCCUGUCGCAUACCGACAGGCCGCCGCGCAACCGUUCUACGCACACGCCGUCGGGAAGACGGAAGCGGGCCAUGUCGACGUCCUCACGUCCCUUCAUCAAGCUGACGCAGGAGCAAGCGACGAUUAGAAAGUGGAUGUACGCAUUGUACGUCUACGUCGCCAUGCUGGCCAUCAUCUUCCUCGGCGUUCGCCUGAAUAUGCAGAAUUAUGCCCUCGGAGGUGACGAACCGAUCGGAUGGGGUCUGGGAUAUGCCUUUGGAGACAUUGGAUGGUUCCGAUUCCACACAAUCUACGCCGACCUGGAGAGGUGGAUCCUCUUGCCGCGUCGCGCAGACGCCUCUGAUGGCCGAGAGUGUCGCAUGGGAUGGGUGCAGCACCUUCGCCAUGACUACUUUGGCGAAGCUAACACAAGACUUAUCCUCGCCGCAUACUGGGUCCUGAUCCUCAUCCUUGGCCUCACAGUCGUCUUUCGGCUCAAGGAGACGUACGAGGUCGACACGCGCCGCAAGGUCUUUCACUUCAUGAUGGUGGGCAUGCUCCUCCCGGCGACGUACGUCGACCCGACCUACCUGGCCUUGGUGCUGUCGCUGGUCCUGGCCAUCUUUCUGAUACUGGAUCUCCUGAGGGCGAGCCAGCUGCCGCCGUUGUCGAAACCGAUCGCGACCUUUCUGGCGCCCUAUGUCGACGGGAGAGACUUUCGCGGCCCCGUGGUCAUCUCUCACAUCUUCUUGCUGAUCGGAUGUGCCAUACCGCUCUGGUUGGCCCUCGCCGCGCUCCCUCGAACGGGGACCGGCCACCUCGCCGGCUGGGAGGUGCCGACCAGGGAUGUCAGCAUGGUGUCCGGCGUCGUCUGCGUCGGCCUCGGCGACGCGGCCGCAUCCCUCAUCGGCCGCCGCUACGGCCGCCGCAAGUGGCUCUGGGGUGGAGGCAAGAGCCUCGAGGGCAGCGCCGCCUUUGCCGUCGCCACCUUUGCCGGUCUCGUAGCCGCCGCCGCCUGGCUGCGGGUCGGCGGCUGGCCGAUGGCCGGCGAGGCGGCCAGCUUCAUGGCCAGCGUCCGCAACGCCGCCGUCUGCGGGUCGAUGGCGAGCUUGACCGAGGCGGUCCUGACGGGGGGGAACGACAACGUGAUUGUGCCCGUCGUUCUCUGGACCUGCGUAAAAAGCCUGGGGAUGUGA